GUCACAGAGCCAGCCGUAUAUUCAGCGUCUCGAUUGCGUCAGACGUAGUAUAAAAGCUGCGCGCUCAGCUAAGUUCAUUCACUCAGAGAGAGAGAGAGAGAGAGAGAGAGAGCGCGCUCAGGAAACACGGAAACAUUAAAAGCACAGCAUACACUGAACAGCAGUGGAAUGUACACGACCGGACUGUUCCUGCUUUUCUCCCUGGGAGUCCUGGCUUGUAAAGGAGCCGACCCCUGUUGCUCGCAGCCAUGCCAGAACCGUGGUGUGUGUACAGCUCUAGAACAAGACUCUUACGAGUGUGACUGCACACGCACUGGAUACUACGGACAAAACUGCACGACUCCUGAAUUCUUCACAUGGCUGAAAAUGUCUCUGAAGCCAACGCCGAACACAGUGCACUACAUUCUCACACAUUUUAGAGCUUUCUGGAAGAUCCUCAGCAACAUUCCAUUUUUGCAAGACUCCGUCAUGCGUUAUGUUUUAACAUCACGUGCCAAUUUAAUAGAAAGCCCCCCAACCUUCAACGCUGACUAUGGUUACAAGAGCUGGGAAGCCUAUUCCAAUCUGUCCUAUUUCACUCGUACUUUACCUCCUGUCCCAAAGGAUUGCCCAACACCUAUGGGAGUUGCAGGUAAAAAAGAGCUGCCUGACGUGAAGGUAGUGGUGGAGAAGUUCCUGCUCAGGAGGAAGUUCGUCCCUGACCCACAGCGCACCAGUCUCAUGUUUGCUUUCUUUGCUCAGCAUUUCACACACCAGUUCUUUAAAACUGACAUGAAGAGAGGCCCAGCCUUCACUAAAGGCAAAAACCAUGGGGUUGAUCUUAGUCACAUUUAUGGGGAGGAACUAGAACGUCAGCAUAAGCUCCGACUGUUUAAGGACGGCAAGCUAAAGUAUCAGGUUAUGGAUGGUGAAGUUUAUCCUCCAACAGUCAGUGAGGUUCAGGUGGAUAUGCACUAUCCACCUCAUUUACCCGAGUCUCAUCGCUUCGCUGUAGGCCAUGAAGCCUUUGGUUUGGUCCCAGGCCUCAUGAUGUAUGCUACUAUUUGGCUUCGGGAACACAACCGUGUAUGUGAUAUUCUGAAGCAUGAACAUCCAGACUGGGAUGAUGAGAGACUCUUUCAGACCACAAGACUGAUCUUGAUUGGUGAGACCAUCAAGAUCAUAAUUGAGGAGUAUGUGCAACACCUGAGCGGCUACCACUUUAAGCUUAAAUUUGACCCAGAGCUCCUCUUUAACCAUCCUUUCCAGUAUCAGAACCGGAUCUCAUCUGAAUUUAAUACCCUUUAUCACUGGCAUCCGCUCAUGCCUGAUGACAUCCACAUCCAGGGUGAAGUCUACAGCUACAAGCAGUUUCUCUAUAACACCUCAAUAGUGACGGACCAUGGCAUUAACAACCUUGUGGACGCAUUCUCAAAACAGAUAGCAGGAAGGGUUGCCGGUGGUCGCAAUGUGUCACCUGCACUAGUGAUGGUGGCAACAAAAUCGAUUGAGAAUAGCAGAAAGAUGCGCUACCAGUCUUUAAAUGCUUACAGGAAACGCUUCAACAUGAAGCCAUAUGUCUCAUUUGAAGAGCUGACAGGUGAAAAGGAGAUGGCAGCAGAGCUGGAGGAGCUGUAUGGAGAUGUUGAUGCCAUGGAGCUUUACCCUGGACUGCUUAUUGAAAAGCCACGUCUCAAUGCCAUAUUUGGAGAGACCAUGGUUGAGAUGGGUGCCCCUUAUUCACUGAAAGGCCUCAUGGGAAACCCCAUCUGCUCCCCUGAAUACUGGAAGCCCAGCACAUUUGGUGGUAAAGUUGGCUUUGACAUCAUCAAGACAGCCUCACUACAGAAGCUGGUAUGCAAUAACGUCAAGGGGCCUUGUCCUAUUGCUUCUUUUCACGUGCCUGAUGUAAAAGACUCUGUACUAACAACAAUCAACGUGAGUACAGCACACUCAGGUAGAAAAGAUGUCAAUCCAACGGUCCUACUUAAAGAGCAAAGUACUGAGCUUUGAAAAACCAAUUAGACAGGAGUCAGUAAAAAAAUGAACUCUUAAAAUAGGUUUUAUUUAUUUAUUUAUUAAAUAUUUAUUGUAUUUAUUUUAAAUAAGAUCUAUUUUAUUGUAUAAACAUUAUUGUACAUGCUGUAUUUUAAAUGAAUAUUUUGCAACUUUUUGUCCAGAAAUAUUUUUCUAACUGCAGAAUCAGGAUAAUGCUUUAUUAAUUAGUGUGUAUAGAAGUACUUUGGUGCAGAUGUUGAGCUCUCACUGUAUUUAUGUGCAUUACAGUAAUUUAAGGACACAAACACUGGUAAUAUACUGUAACACAUACGUACAGUGGAACCUCGGAUUACGAGCAUAAUUCGUUCCGGGCUCGUAUUCCAAAUCACUUGUAAAUUAAAGCACAUUUCCCCUUAAGAAAUAAUGGAAAUUAAAAUUAUUCGUUCCACAGUCCCAAAAAAUAAAUACAUAAAAAUAAUUAACACAAAAUAUAAAGUAAAAUAGAAACAAAUUAACCUGCAUGAUACCUUUAAAAAAGUACAAAUA